UCCUCUGUGAGGCGCGUGGCCUUCGAAUCUCUUCCUUCUCCUUCCUUUCCCCGUCUUCCUUUUCGUGCUUUCAUUUUCAUCAACUUCUUAAACACUCUCUCUCCCCCUUAGCUGUUCUGUAACUGCUCAUUUGCAUCUUAAUUCUCUCUCUGGAAAUCCUCUCAUCAUGUGUCACUUGAGCAACACUCUGAUAGGGAUCCUCAACUUCUUCACCUUCCUCUUCUCUAUUCCCAUUCUCUGGGUCGGUAUUUGGCUCAGCAAGCACGGCGCCACCGAGUGUGAAAAAUGGCUCGACAAGGUUUUCAUUGUGUUGGGUGUGUUCCUUCUCUUGGUGUCGCUGGCGGGACUCGCCGGCGCUUGCUGCCGCAUCUCCUUGCUCCUCUGGAUUUACCUUGUCGCCAUGUUCUUGCUUAUCCUUGUCGUCUUAGCUUUCACAAUCUUCGCUUUCGUUGUUACCAACAAAGGCGCUGGGAAAGUUUUAUCGGGUAAAGGGUAUAAGGAGUAUAGGCUCGGUGAUUACUCUCACUGGUUGCAGAAGAGGGUGAACGACUCAAAUAAUUGGAAGACGAUGAAGAGCUGUCUUCAGGCUGGGCAAUACUGCUCCGUCUACCAAAAGCUGUAUGCCAAAGACGAUGUUAACGAGUUCAAUAAAGAGAAACUAACUCCGCUUCAGUCUGGGUGUUGUAAGCCAUCAAACGACUGUAACUUUGUAUACCAGAGCCCAACGGUGUGGAACAGUACGGCAAAUUCAAAUUAUGCCAAUCCUGAUUGUCGUGCUUGGAACAAUGAUCCCAAGGUGCUGUGCUACGACUGUAAUGCAUGCAAGGCUGGGAUGGUGCAAGACAUCAAGACUAAGUGGAAGAAGACGGCUAAGAUUAACAUAAUAUUCCUCAUCUUGCUCAUUAUUGUGUAUUCCGUUGGGUGCUGCGCAUUCAGAAAUAACAGGAGGGACAAUUGGAAGUGAUGUCAUAGGCUCAGAAAAAUCAGAAUAAACGUAAUUAGCAUCUAGAUGGAUCAAGUUAGUUUCUAUGUUUCAGUAAUAAUGUAAUAUGCUCUGCUUGCUGUAGAUUGCUGUAAAUUGCUCAACUUUGUGUUACAUUUCCCAGUGUUUCUUUGGGAUGUAUGGAGUCUUGAUCUUCUUCUUAUUCUUAACUUGAUAUAGCUCUGUAGAGCUUGUUAUCUUACAUUUGAUUUGCAUGUGCCUCGUUAGUUUUGUGCAAAGCAUUUUGCUAGUCUGCAAGUAAACCAA